AUGUCGGGGCAUCCGUCUGCGAGGCCCCCCUCGUCCCGCCCAUACACUGCCCAAUUCACUACUCAGCCUCACACUGCCCAAUCUAGGCCUCCAACCGGUAGGCCUACAACAGCUGCAUCUUCCAGAUACGAUGCGAGCUAUGUCGUGGCUAUCCUCGAGGGCCGUGGUACUGGUCGCGAAGUCGGUAUGGCAGCCUUAGACAAGGAGACAGGCAGGGUCAAUCUUAUUCAACUCGCGGAUUGUCCUACUUAUGUCAAGACCUUACACCAAAUGCAUCUCCACAAACCCUGCCUGGUGCUCGUCCCAGACACCUUCAUUUCGCUUUCAGACUCGACUCUGGCUGCUGGUGGUCAGCGUGCGGAUACGACGUCUUUGUUAGUCCAAUGUAUCCUGGAAGAAUUUGAGUCGGUCCCGGUCGAACCUGUGCUCCGCAAGUACUGGAGCGAUGGCGCUGGUCUCGAAUUCAUCAGUCAGCUAUGUGUUGAAGAUGAUGAACGCGCGGCGACACUCGUGGCAUUGUCUAAUAAAUACUACGCGCUCUCGGCAGCCAGUGCACUGUUCAAACAUGCAGAGGCAAAGUUAAAUACACGCUUCGCUUCGGCUUCUCUACGUAUAUGCUAUGUUCAAGUGGAAGGCACGAUGAUGAUUGACCCGGAGACGGCUCGGAACCUGGAGCUGGUGAGCAACAUGACGAGUAAACGAUCGUUGCAUUCACUUUUUGGGCACGAUUCUGAACCAUACGUACACGGCUAUGGCGGCCAGAUUGUUGCGAGUGACGCUUCUUGCCCCAAUCACAGCGCCAUUGAUGCUCGUUUAGACGUCGUAGAAGAACUCAUUCAGACUGAGGAACGUUUCCAUGAAAUCAAGGAUGCGCUGAAGAUGCUGAACAAACUUGAUCUUGACAAGCUGAUUUCUUCGCUCGCCGCCUCAGAAGCCCGAGAGAUUUCGAGCGCGAAGACGGCAGCGGCGCGGGUGACACAAAUGCUCAAUCUUCGGAGCAUAGUUCAAUGCAUGCCUAUGUUGGCCAAGGCUCUACAAGGCAGCCGAUCUCAGCUUCUGCAGAUCAUUCAAGAGAUGAUCUCGGACGAAAGGCUUGGGAAGAUAGAGCAGCUGGUAUCGAAUAGUUUGAAUGAGAACACGAUGCUGUAUAAGGGCGGGCUCGGGGCCAUAAAUGCCAAGGUAUAUGCGGUCAAGGCAAACUACGACCGCCUCCUCGAUGUCGCCCGCGAGACUUACAAGGAGAAUGUUGGCGACAUUUUCGCGCUCAACAGCGCCCUGUCUGAAGAGCACGAUCUCCCUCUGAUGCUCGUGUACCAAGACACUGGCUUCAUAUUCAUGCUCAAGAAGACCGAUCUCGAGGGCGAGCUUCCACCUGGGUUCAUAAAUGUGACAUCAAGGAAGGGCAAAUGGGUGUUUUCUAGCGUUGAGCUGAAGAAGAGAAAUGCAAGAAUGAAGGAUGCACUGGAUGAGACGCUGAUUCUGAGCGAGAAGAUCAUUCACGACCUUGUUGCUGAUAUCGUCGUCGAUAUCGGCGCGCUGUACAAGGCUUCUGAGGCUGUUGCCCUCUUGGACAUGCUCUGGGCAUUCGCACACGCGGCCAUUCUCCGGCCUGAAUUCACGGGUACACUUGCCAUCAAGUCGGGCCGGCACCCGAUCCUCGAAGGUGUGCGGUCGGCGGGGACGCUUGUGCCGAAUGACGUCUACUGCUGCGAAGCAUCAAGCUUUCAGAUUAUCCAAGGUCCUAACAUGUCUGGCAAGAGCACCUAUCUUCGCCAAAUCGGUCUGCUCACCAUCAUGGCGAUGAGCGGUUGUUUCGUACCCUCAGAAUACGGCAGCUUCCGAGUGCAUGACGCUCUGUUAACGCGCCUCUCGAAUGAUGACGACAUGGAGAAGAGCCUGAGCACAUUUGCGAACGAGAUGGCAUCGUCUGCAAUGAUUCUUGGACUGGCGACGGCGGAUUCCUUAAUACUGAUAGACGAACUCGGGCGCGGGACGUCGCCCAAAGAGGGCGUCGGGAUUUCGCAUGCCAUCGCGGAGCAACUGAUUAAGCUGAAGCCAUACGUCUUUUUUGCCACGCACUUCGAUGAGCUGGUGACGGCGUUGAGUCGCCAGCCAUCAGUCGUAAAUCUGCACCUUUCCGUGCAGAAGACACGUCACACCGGUACAAACUUUGGCAUGCGAUUCGAGUAUAGGAUAACGGACGGUGCGCAGGAAAACCUGACGCACUACGGACUGGACCUUGCGCGCCUUGCCGACCUCCCUGCCGACGUCAUGUCUGAAGCGAGGCGUGUCUCUGAGAAGCUUGCCGCGAUUGAGGCUAAGAAGAAUGAAGAGAGCAAGAGUACGAAAUCGGCUGUCUAUGGAACUCUGCUUGCUCACGGGACUUUUACUGUCUUUUUCUUGGCUUUCUCGGCGUAUCUGGAUUCCGGCUUUCUUGCCUUUUUACGGGUGAAACCUCAGCUCAAGACUCAGCUGACCCAGGCUCUGGACCAUUCAACCCUUCCAGACGAGGAUUUGAUUGCAUAUAUCGCGCGCUUCCAGAAGGAUACCACAUGUGUGCUGCAGGAGACUCUGUAG